CAGUUCAGUAAUCCAUGGCAAAUCACACAAUCUACGGUGAUCUGAAGACUGAUCACUGAUCAUUCUUAGAAAAAAGGGAGAACAAGAGGUAAAGCUCUAAAAGGUUAUGAAGACAUCUCUGAAGCCAUCAUUAAGUCUUUGCAAUGCUAUCUCAAGCUCUGUGCAAUCUGGCGUUCGGAGGUUGUUCACUACACAUCUCAGGUGUUUUUCGGUGUCUGUUAGUAAACAUCAAAAACACAGACCUCAUGUAGGUAUUGUAGGCAGUGGUCCUGCGGGAUUUUACACAGCGCAGCAAAUUUUGAAGUCCCAUGAAGAUGCUGUGACUGAUGUUUAUGAACGUCUUCCUGUACCAUUCGGCUUAGCAAGAUUUGGAAUUGCCCCUGAUCAUCCUGAAACUAAGAACUGCAUAAACCAGUUCACAACUACGGCCUCAUCUGACAGAUGUACUUUUAUUGGAAAUGUAAAUGUUGGAAAAGAUGUGAAACUUACAGAGUUACUCCAAGCUUAUGAUGCUGUUAUCUUGUGUUAUGGAGCAGAAGAUGACAGAACAUUUGGAAUUCCUGGUGAGGAUUUACCUGGAGUAUAUUCAGCAAGAGCAUUUGUGGAAUGGUAUAAUGGAUUACCAGCUAAUUCUCAAUUAGAACCAGAUCUGAGCUCAGAAACUGCUGUCAUAUUGGGUCAGGGUAAUGUUGCUCUUGAUGUUGCAAGGAUUCUACUCAGUCCAAUAGAACUUUUAGAGAAAACAGACAUUUGUGAUCAUGCCUUGGAACUGUUGAGGAAGAGUCAAAUAAACACAGUUUACAUAGUGGGAAGAAGGGGACCUCUGCAGGUUUCUUUCACUAUAAAGGAAUUACGCGAAAUGACUAAGUUACCAGGUUGUAAAGCUAUAUUUAAUCCUGAAGACUUCAGAAUAAUACAAGAAAAGCUCUCUAGUAUUCCAAGACCUCGAAAAAGACUGACAGAACUGAUGUGCAAAACAGCAAUAAAUGGAGGUACCUCACAAAAUUCAACGCACAAAACUUGGGGGCUUAAGUUUCAGAGGACUCCCGUGGAGUUUCUGUCGGCGUUAGGAAAAAUAUCAGGAGUAAGAUGUGAAGUCAACAACUUAGUUGAGCAGGGUGAUGGAACAUGUCAAGCCCGUGGCACUGGCGUUUAUGAGGAUUUACCGUGUGGCUUGGUUUUUCGUAGCAUUGGAUACAAAAGCAUUCCACUUGAUAACGAGGUUCCGUUUGACAGGAGGAAAGGUGUCAUCCUCAACAUUAAUGGAAGAGUAGUUGAUGCAAACAAUACUGGAACGUCCGACAAAGGUGUUGCUUUAAUUCCAGGUCUGUACUGCAGUGGCUGGGUGAGAAAUGGACCUGUAGGUGUCAUUGCAACCACAAUGAACGAUGCCUUUCAAACAGGAGAGCUUGUUGUACAGGAUCUAAAAUCCGGUAACUUAAAGACAAAAGUCGAUCCAGUUAAGGGAUACGAGGCGAUAAAAAGCUUACUAAACUCAAGAGGGGUCAGACCUGUGUUCUUUGAUCAAUGGCGCAAAAUCGAUCAAGUUGAACAAAAGAGGGGAAAUGAACGCGGAAAACCUCGCGAAAAGAUCGUUCAUGUGCACGAAAUGUUGAACAUUGCUUAUGAACUUGAAAAUAAGGGAAGCUAGCAAUGGCUGAACUUGUUUUCGGGAUACUGCGUUGAAAUUAUGGGGAGAACUUACAGGUUAAUUGAGAGAAUCAAAGGGCUCAGGCAUCGUUGAAGUGUUCAAGCGAGGAUCCUAAUGGGGCGAUGGUCUUGAAAAAUGAAUAAAGAAACGUCAAAUAUUAGAAAAAAAUGUAAAUCAAACUUGCUUGCGGAAGCUUCAAAUAAUUUGAAUAUAAGAAUACAGGUUUCAAAUCUCUGCUUUUAAAA